AUGUCCAAAUAAUCAAUCAAUACAGGCCCCCAAGCGAUCUAUCAGCUAGAAAAUGUAAUAUUGAAUGUAAACUACAGAGACAUUUUAAGAUUUCACUUCAUACAUAUUUAUAUAUAAGUCAAAUAAAUUGAAUUAUCAACAGUCACUUCAAAUCGAUCACAAAAUACAAUUACAAAAAUCAAAGCCAUAUAAUGCUCUGAGGUAUAAAAAAAAAAAAAAGCGGCAUUUUUGUAUAAGAUAAAAAAUGUGAUUAACAUCAAAUUGACAUAUUUUCGUCUCGAUUUAACUAGGUAAAUAAACUGCCACAAACUGAAAAAUCUUAAACUUUUUUGCACAAUGUUUCUAGUGUUCAUCACAAUCAAACAUGAUGUGUUUAUCAUAAUUUGUUAAAAUUAUGAUAAUCUUUUGAACCAAACUUUAAGAGAAAUGCUUUUACAUUAAUAUUUAUUUAAUAACAGCUAAUUCAUAAUGGACUAAGCAGGGUACAAUCAUUCUCAAAUUCAAUCAGUUCUUAAUUAAUCAUCCAAUUUAAUUAAAAAACCCAGAAUAGGCCAAUAAGGAUCUAUAAGCUAAACUGAAACUUUCUAUUAUAAGGAAAAUCACUUCUUUAUUAUGUAGUCCUUAGCUAAGGUAGCCCUAAAUAUAAUAGUAUUCAUCUCAAAACAUUGGAAUAGAGUAUAUUAUCAUUAUUAUUUUGGAAGCCCCUUUUCUACUAGACAAAUUGCUACUACAUCUGUUGUAUCCCAAAGCAUCACAUAGUCGCAACCUCUUCUAAUCACUCCCUCUGUUAGGAUUGCACCUACAUAACCAAAUAAUGCUGAAGUGCAUCAUUAAGAAAGGCCUUUACAAGUUGUCACAAUGGAUGACAUGGACUCGAGGUGGAAAACAAAAUGCAGUAUUUAGAAAUCUAAUUCCAAAAAUCAAGGAGCAGAUGAUGAAAUAAGACUCCUUAAAAAGAAAAUUAACAGCUUAACAAAUGACCUUAAAAAUUCUUAAGAACAAAACGAAUUUAAGGAUCAUGAAAUUCAUAAACUCAAACUACUCAUGAAUGAUAAAGACAAUGAACUUGAAUCGCUGUACCAAAGAAUAAGAGCAUUGGAACUAAUAGUAAAUUAUUUCUAUGUAAGGGGAGGUAGAAUUAUGGAAAAAGAAAUCAAUUCAGAUAUAUCCGAAAAACUUACAAUGGCUGAAACAUAAUUAGAAGCCUUGAGAAAUAGCAAGGUUACAGUAACAAAAGAAAGUGAAAUUAAAAGGACUGGGCCAUCUGGUACUGCGUUGACAACUUAAUUUGAAACAAGUAGUAUCAAAGGGGCUACUAUAGCUCCUGAAGGGUAUAGUACUUAUGGAACUAACAACAGUGGGAGAAAUUCUGUUGUUAGAAAUUCAGGAUAUAACGACAGAAAAUAAUUGUGA